UUCCUUGCAGCUUCGUUAAACUGCAACAUCCCUCUCCGCCUCGUCCACUCAACCUCCCUGUACAAAUAUGCGCCAAUCUCACACCAGGCAGCCAUUCUUGAAGUUGGUCCUCCACCAAGACAGACUUCCUCAAGAUGGUCCCUCUCAAACACGAGCAGGACACGGAGCUCCCCCUUGAUGAGAACGACUCCGGCGACAUGGUUCUCUACAAUAUGCUGAACGAGGCCAGGAGCAGCGGGUGGACGCCGGAGAAAGAUAACAGGCGGGCGCACAAGGCCCCCCAGCGUCAGAACUCCGGCGAGCGGCAUUACCGGGGGGUGCGGAGGCGGCCGUGGGGCAAGUUCGCGGCGGAGAUCAGGGACUCGAACCGCCAGGGGGCGCGAGUCUGGUUGGGCACCUUCGACACCGCUGAGGAAGCCGCCUUAGCCUAUGACAAGGCCGCAUUUCAGAUGCGUGGCGCGAAGGCCCUGCUCAAUUUCCCGGCCAAGCUGCAGGCACCCGAGACUCAGCCGCCGUCGUGUUCUGAUGCUGAAUCACAAGUUUACGACUCUUCCAGUAGCGGAGUCCCCGCGCAGAUGUGUUCAAGUUUCCAGCAGGGGAGCUGGCCGGGAUCCAGCAGUGGGUCGGUGACGGAACUUCACGACCUGGGCUCAAAUUAUACAUAUUACGCAGAGGGUUUCUUUGGUUAUCCAAGCCAUGGAUGAAGCUAAGAUCCAGCAACAGAGCUCCCAACUGAAGGCUCUUCAGAUACGUGAUACUGCUUUGUGUUGUGCCUCUAUUUCAAUUUGUGGGUUAUGGGCGGUGUUGAGAAUGAACGGUUUUUGUAUAUUAUAUAUGCUAAGGUUAGAGAACAUUGCAGGUAUAUAUUUCUUUAGGGCUCUGCCCCUGAUUAAUAAAGUGUGAGUAGUAAGUACUACUUUGAUCCA